GGCUUCGGCUCCGGCCACCACCGCGGCAUGUUUCGGCACCCUGGUCACUCUCGGUCCGCCUACGCAGAUGGAUUUUCGUUCUACUCACCACGGGAAAAUUCCAAGGAGGACCUGAUGAUCCUGCCCUCGGUGUCGCAACGCUCGGUCUUCCAGGGGUCGAACUUCUUCUUCUCCUGCAAGAGCGAGGCGGACAACGUGCAGCGGAUCAUGUGGACAGGACCUGAAGGGAAGCAGAUCACCGACUACCAGGGCAGCGUGCCCUAUACCGAACUUCCAAGGGUUCACGUUGAGGAGGGAGGGGAUCACAAGGGUGUUGAACUUGUGUUUGAGAACAUUCUGAGGCAGGACCGCGGCACCUACACCUGCUCGGCGAACGUGGACGGCAAGGAGGUGUCCAAGUCCUUCGAACUCUUUGUUGACAAGGAAAUUGACUUCCUUGACACGCCCCGCACCCAGUACCUGGAGGAAGGCUUUGACUCCAGGCUGCUGUGUGACGUCACUGGCGACCCGGUGCCCACUGUUUCCUGGACAUUUGAGGGGAAAAAGAUCAGUUAUGGGGACAAGUACUCAAAGCCCGCUGACAGUCCCAAUAGCCUCAUAGUGGGCAAUGUCACCCUGGAGGACGCUGGGCAGUACGUGUGCAAAGGGGUCCAGGUGUCCACGCGCAUCACAGAGAUGAAGGACUUUAACAUUACCGUCAAAGUUCACCACAAGCCACUUUGGAACAAUGAUGACAAGACCAUGGCCUACAGCUUCCUGUCUGGCAAAGUGAACCUCACCUGUGAAGUUCAGGCCGAGCCCGAAGCCAACUUUACCUGGACCAAGGACGAGGAGGUGAUGCAGCCUUCCAACAUCAUCCAGAUUUUCAACAACAACAACACCAGCAUCCUGCAGCUGACAGUGGAGGACGAGGACAUGUUUGGAGACUACCUGUGUGAGGCGCAGAACAAGCUGGGCAGACUGGUGCGCGUGAUCAUCCUGCAGGAGGGUGCCAAGCCCGCUGUGCCCACCGCCGAGGUGGUAGACAAAGGAGUGGACACCCUGCACCUUGACCUUGAUGCCAAGAACCACCCAGACAUGCCCAUCGUGGGGUACAAGGUGCAAUUCAAGGAGGUGGGCGAGGACUGGACCCGCGCCCAAACUGCUGAAUUCAAGAAAGGCAGCAGCUAUGUCCUCAGGAACCUCAAGAAUGACACCCCCUAUGUGAUGCGGGCAGCUGCUCAGAACGCUGCUGGAUAUUCAGAGUAUUCCGUCGAGAUCUCCAACAGAACGGAUAAAAUAAUUUCAUCUGCCAGCACCUCCGCCUCCUUCAGCAUCUCCUCCUGUGUUGCUCUCCUCCUCUUCCUCCUCAUCUCUGCCAGCCUCUUGUGAACACUGGAGGAAGCACCUUUGUAGCUCACUCUCCUUAGCUCAUGAUGGAAAAGCUCUUCAGUCUACCACUUAACAGAUUGAAAGCAUAAUUUAUUUUUUUCUUGUUCAGAUUCUUUGGGGAACUGAGAUAAAAUUCUAAGUAGGUUUGUAUGAUUUUCUUGAACUUGGAACAUUAAAAGAGUAAGUGGCAUAAUUUCUUCACAACAAAAUCCAUUAGAUCUUGAUGCAAUGUGGUGCAAUUUCUCUAAAAUUUGAAGGCAGAUGAAUGAGUUUAGGAUCUUCAUUUGUUGCUUGCCUUCAUGACGGGAGGACGUUCAGUCUCCGUCACUGUGUCCUCGGUGCAGCCUUGUCAUCAGGUUAGCAGCGGCCAGCACAGCUGGGCCACGAAGGCUCACUAUGUGAUGCUUAGUUUCCAGGUGCUGGAUUCUAAAAACAAUUGUUUAGCAUAUGUAAAUUUCAGUACACAUGUGUGCUAUUAUGUUAUAAUAUAUACUAGAGAAGGACUUUUCCAUUUAGGAAAAUUCUUUAUGGAAGUAAAUUGAUUUAUAGUUUCUAAGGAGUUCCUAUAUCACCUGAUAUUUUCAAGGCCACCUUAUGGUCUUGUUAACUCUGGUGCCAUUGCCCUAAACGGUCAAGUUCUCACUAACAUUCCAUAUUAGAUGCUAUUGGAAGAAUUACUGAGGCAACAACUUUGCAAUGGGAGACCUUACUGAGGACAAAUUAGGAUAUGAAAGUUUGUGUUCCCUUAAUGUAAUUAUUUUGGAUCAGCGUCUCAGUAUUAAUGACUUGUUCUCUCUGUCUUGCUAGUGAUAUCAGGUGGUAUUCGUGUACAUAACGUUAGCAGUGUUUUACAGCCACAGCCGCGUCUGUAUUAGUUGACCCUCGUUAGUUGAGCUCCACACCCUGAAGACUGCCGGACGAUGUGAUGAUCCGAUACCUGGGUAGACUCUAGGUCAGGAGGCACGCUGACCGAAGGCUUCACAAUGCAACAGAAAAUGCAGGAAGUCUUUUUGCCUAUCAGAGAUGUAAAGAUACUGAACAAAAAGUCUAAUGAUAACCAAAGAUAUAUGAGAUAGCCAAUGUUAAUAAUUUUGUAACAUUUGAGUCACAAUGCUACUGUUUUUUCUUCUUCUUUUUUUCACUGCAUCAGGUGUGUUGAGGGCGAGAUUGCUGGGUCAGUGAACUUAAUGAUAUAAUCUUGUAUACCACGUUAGUGAGAUGUUGUGCUUACUAAGGAAGAACCAACGCUGUUUUCCCUUCCUGGUGGUGGGUGUCGGAGUUGUACGUCUCCCUGCCACAACCAAAUGCAGUUUACUUCUUGUCCAGGAUUAUUUGUUCCUCGAGCCAAAUCUAUUUUCCUUUCCUUUUUAAGCUUGCAAGUGUGCCCAGAGUAUGAAGUAUAGCCUCAAGCAAAGCCAAAAUGUGAUGUGUUUGUAGGUGCGCCUCCAGACUCGAUCCGGCUUGACCCAAACAGAGGGAGCGGAAGGAGUGUAACAGAGGAGUGGCUGGGAGUUUGGAAUAUUAACGUUUAUAUCACUGUGGUCACUAAAUUUGUGAAGCUUAUCCUGUGCUUGUCAUUAUGGAGACUAAGUUUGUGAUACUCAGCUUUAUUACCCUUUUACUUUGGUUACUGAAUCUACUUUUUAAUGUGGUGAAGUUUUGAAAAGAAGCAUGUAUUGUUUUCUUUACAUUUUAUCAGUUUUAAGUGUAGUGAUGAGCCGGGUGCAGGGAACGAACAAAAAUCUUCUGGGAUAAAGAGAUGUCAGAUUGUCGCAGAGGGUUUGAGGCACCUCUUUGCAUCUGUGUGGUCAUUACAUAAGCAUAGGACGUUCUCUGCAUCUAUUUACUCACAUGUAAAUAAGAAAUAUGGGAACAAUUUCAAGCACUUACUGUUAGGAAAUUAUGAAACGUAUAUGUAAGAUGGAUAAGCCACAACUUCCUUCCUCAUUUGUACUUGUGUGUGAGGUAUGUAUUCUAAAGUCUGUACACGGUAUUCCAACAUUCUCAGCCUCUGCCGCAUAACUGCACCGAGUGGCUGUACGCCUGUAU